UCUCGAGGGCCUUGACUCCCAAAAAACCAAAGAAAAGUGAGGGAAAAAUUAGAGAGAGAGAGAGAGAAGUAAAAACAUUGAAACAGUGAGAAAGUAAAUACAGAGAGAGAGAGAGAGUGAGAGAAAGCGAGGGAAAGCGUGGGAAAAUUUUACUGUGUGUGAGAGAGAGAUGAAGCACAUUUUCAAGAAGCUUCACAUAGGAAGCAACCACGACCCGAACCGAUCAAACGAAAACCCUAACGUGACGUCCGCGACGGCAUCGACGCCGCCGUCUUGUGCCCCCGAUCAACGGCCGGUUUCUGUGCAGACUUCCGGCGCCUUGCCUCCGGCGAGUCCUUCGGCUUCGUCGUCGGCGACUACUUCUCCGGCGAGCAACGCUGCUGGUACUACGCCGUCUUCUGCUGUCGCUGCUGCGUCUGCGGCGGCUAAUAGAGCUGACUAUAUCUCGUCGGAGGAGGAGUUCCAGGUUCAGCUGGCCCUAGCGAUCAGCGCGUCGAAUUCGGAGUUCCGAGACGAUCCGGAGAAGGAUCAGAUCAGAGCCGCGACGCUGCUGAGCUUGGGAGGUCAUCGGAUCGAUUUGGUGAGGGAUAAGGAUGAAGUUUCGGCGGAGACUUUGUCGAGGCAGUAUUGGGAAUACAAUGUUCUUGACUAUGAAGAUAAAGUGGUGGAUGGUUUUUACGAUAUAUAUGGGCUCUCCACAGAAUCAGCAAACCAAGGAAAGAUGCCAUCUAUCACUGAUAUUGAAACAAACCUUGGUAGUUCUGGCUUUGAAGUUGUAAUGGUUAAUCAAAGAGUUGAUCCUUCCCUGGAAGAGUUACUGCAAAUUGCACACUGUAUUGCUUUAGACUGUCCAGUCACUGAGGUUAGUGUGUUGGCACAGAGGCUUGCUGAACUAGUUACUGGACAUAUGGGUGGGCCUGUGAAGGAUGCUAAUAUUAUGCUGGCACGGUGGAUGGAAAGGAGGACAGAGUUGAGGAUGUCUCUUCAAACAAGUGUGUUGCCUAUUGGAUCCAUCAAUGUUGGCCUUUCUCGACAUCGUGCUUUGCUUUUCAAGGCAUUAGCUGACAAUAUCAAGAUGCCUUGUAGACUAGUAAAAGGUAGUCAUUACACUGGUGUUGAGGAUGAUGCUGUCAACAUAAUAAAGUUGGAAGAUGAAAGGGAAUUUUUGGUUGAUCUAAUGGCAGCUCCUGGAACACUUAUACCAGCUGAUAUUCUAAGUGCAAUGGAAAAUACCUUUAAGCCAUACAAUCCAAAAAUAAACAAAAUCCCACCUCUCCAUUUGUCUAAUGACAUUGGAGUUACGUACUUAAGACCAAAGCCUUUACUUGGUGAAGGUAGCAGUCAUAACUCUGCAGUUGAGAGUAGCUCACCCUUGGAUAGAAGGUCAAGUUCUGAAAAGGCAGAAUCCAUUCCUUUAUUCCCCAGUACAAGUGGUGACACUACUGUUAGUUCAUCUGGUAUGUCGAAUAAGCCGAGUCCCAAUCAGUCGGAUCUUUCAUCAUCAGGCAUUGGCACCUCUCUGUAUAAAGGCAGUCGUGGUACCCAUGCAGUUGGUGAUGGUGUGAGGAUAAAUCUCAAUGGAGUUCCAUAUAACCAAAAUAACCCUGAGGAUCCAAAAAAUCUUUUUGCAGAUCUUAAUCCAUUCCAGAUAAAAGGAACUGGCAAAACUUCUUUGCAUAACAAACCUACAGAGAAUAGAGUUGAUGAGCUUCAGAGACCGAUAAAUAACCCUGGUCGACCCCCUGUAUCAUUGAUGUGGAAGAAUCGAUAUGCUCUCAAUGAAGUCCCUCAGAAAAAGGAGUAUGAUUAUAUGGAGGGUCUAUAUCCAAGAAUCAAUCGUGAGCCUAAUGACUAUAAUCUGCCAUCGUUAGCUUCCACCAGUUCUAAUACACCUGGAAAGAUCUAUGGUGAUGGUUUCAAAUCAGCUGGUAAUUCAAAUAUGCCCAGUAUGGGCAGUAAUGCAGCAAAUUCUGUCAGUGGCACCAGUUCAUUGUUGGAAGCUAGCUCAAGUCAGUUUGAUAGGUUUCAUCAUGUGGGGGAUUUGAAUGCUAAUUUAAAGCGAGAACGUCCUAGGAAUGGGGAAGAAUCACAAAGUAAUGCGGUGGAUUUGGUUCAAGAACUUGAGGACAAUGAAAUUGGUUUUCACGAUCGUAGAAAGAGUAUGCAUGAUCGAUUUAUGGGGAACAAUUUGAAAUUGAAGGAUCCAGAAAGUGCUAGCUCGUCUUUUGACUCCAGCACAAGUAAGGCUGAACAAAUAUACUCCAGCACAAGUAGGGCUGACCAAAUAUUUGAUGAUGUCGAUGUAGGAGAUGAAAUUCGUUGGGAAGACCUGGUUAUUGGUGAAAGGAUUGGACUAGGUUCAUAUGGGGAGGUUUAUCAUGCUGAUUGGAAUGGCACGGAGGUCGCUGUGAAGAAGUUUUUAGACCAGGAUUUCUCAGGUGCAGCUUUGGCUGAGUUCAAAAGUGAAGUACGAAUAAUGCGUAGACUGCGGCAUCCAAAUGUUGUUCUUUUCAUGGGUGCUGUUACUCGUCCUCCAAACCUCUCUAUCAUUUCUGAGUUUCUUCCAAGGGGAAGCUUAUAUCGAAUUCUUCAUCGUCCUCAAUGUCAACUUGAGGAGAAGCGCAGAAUAAAAAUGGCUCUUGAUGUGGCUAGGGGCAUGAAUUGCUUACAUGCAAGCACACCAACAAUUGUUCACAGGGAUUUGAAGUCACCGAACCUUUUAGUUGAUAAGAACUGGAAUGUCAAGGUGUGUGAUUUUGGGUUAUCACGCUUAAAGCACAACACUUUCUUGUCAUCCAAAUCAACUGCAGGAACGCCUGAGUGGAUGGCACCUGAAGUUCUCCGAAACGAGCCAUCAAAUGAGAAGUGUGAUGUCUAUAGCUUUGGAGUCAUUCUGUGGGAGCUAGCUACCUUGAGAUUACCUUGGAGUGGGAUGAACCCAAUGCAAGUGGUGGGUGCAGUAGGUUUCCAGAAUCGUCGCCUGGACAUCCCCAAGGAAGUGGAUCCUAUGGUUGCUCGGAUAAUUUGGGAAUGUUGGCAAACGGAUCCAAACUUGCGACCCUCAUUUGCACAGCUCACAGUAGCUCUCAAGCCUUUGCAGCGGCUUGUCAUGCCAUCACAUCUGGACCAGCCAAGUUCACCUCUGCCACAAGAGAUUUCAGUAAAUUCUACACCUUGAAUUGUUUCAUUUUCUCAAGUGUGAAUAAGGAGACAUUUUACUUCUUUGCCAUGAGAGUAGUAUAUGAAAAUUUAAAAGGAAAAACACAGAAAAGAAAAGGAACAUUUGAUUAGAAGGCUUGUAGGUUUGUAAUUUGUGUUAAAGUUCUGUAUGUAUUUCUGCUGCAGCCAAAAAGACUGCAGCAGCUCUUUUUGUACAGCUUGGUGUACAUCGUUUGUUCCAACAAGAACUGAAACUGUGUAAUAUAUGUGUUCAUACCUUUUUUAAGACAAAAGGCACAUUGUCAUAAUGAAAGUAAAAUUACAUUUUGCUGUUA